GGGGCAGGGAGAACCGACGUCGUUCCCAGCCUCUCAGGACACCGAACAGCCGCCCUUUUCCUCAGCAGGUUGAGGGGCACCUACUGCCCGCCGACGUGGAGGUGGGGGCAGGGACACUCUCCCCCCCUCCCGCCACCAUCACCUCAGGAACGAAAAACGAACCCUUCUCCCAGCAGGGCGAGGGCCUUCCCACCCCUCAACGGGGCGGACUGCGUGUGCGGCCCCCUAAAGAAGCAACAGGCGACCCCAUCCUCCUCCCAGCCGGGAAAUGCCGACACCCUCGACCCUCCCGCUCUUCACCUCCGGAAGCCGGGCCGAAGCCUAGACGAAAGACCGCGCCUCACUCCGCCCCCUGCGCCAUUUUGUCGCCCCCCUCCCCGACCUCCCCCACCCCGAAGCAGCCGGGCCAGAGCCAGGGGUAGGGCAAAGAGGCAGUGAUUGGCAGGAAACCGCCCCGCCUCUCAGAGGGUGGUGCCCCGCAUGGCGCUGCAACCCCGCCCCGACACCGCCUACCCCGACUACUGGCCCCACCCCUUCUCGUCUCAUCGAACCGCUCGACUCUCUGUUGCUCCUGACUCCCGACCACUGCCAGGCGGAGAAGGGUCCAGGCCGAGCAAGCCGAGCGACGAGCUCAGCUGAUGCAACCUGAUUGGACUCGCAUUACUGUUCCCGGCACGCGGCGACGGCGGCGACCGAGGAAGGGGCGCGGUGCCAGACUGAUCACGGGAGACGGGCGACGGAGCCAUGGGGGACGCUCCAAGCCCACAAGAGAAGCUGCAGCUUAUCACCCGGAACCUGCAGGAGGUUCUGGGGGAAGAGAAGCUGAAGGAGAUACUGAAAGAACGGGAACUUAAAGUUUACUGGGGAACAGCAACCACCGGCAGGCCACAUGUGGCUUAUUUCGUGCCUAUGUCUAAGAUCGCAGACUUCCUGAAAGCAGGAUGUGAGGUAACAAUUCUGUUUGCGGACCUUCACGCCUAUCUGGAUAAUAUGAAAGCCCCAUGGGAACUUCUACAACUCCGAACCAAUUACUAUGAGAAUGUGAUCAAGGCAAUGCUGGAGAGCAUUGGUGUGCCCUUGGAGAAGCUCAAGUUCAUCAAAGGCACUGAUUUCCAGCUCAGCAAAGAGUACACACUAGAUGUAUACAGACUCUCCUCUAUGGUCACGCAGCACGAUGCCAAGAAAGCUGGAGCUGAAGUGGUAAAGCAGGUGGAGCACCCAUUGCUGAGUGGUCUGCUGUACCCCGGACUACAGGCCUUGGAUGAAGAGUAUUUGAAAGUAGAUGCCCAAUUUGGAGGUGUUGAUCAGAGAAAGAUUUUCACUUUUGCAGAGAAGUACCUCCCUGCACUUGGCUACUCGAAACGAAUCCAUCUGAUGAAUCCUAUGGUUCCAGGAUUAACUGGCAGCAAAAUGAGUUCUUCAGAAGAGGAGUCCAAGAUUGAUCUCCUUGAUCGGAAGGAGGAUGUGAAAAAAAAACUGAAGAAGGCCUUCUGUGAGCCAGGAAAUGUGGAAAACAAUGGGGUUCUAUCCUUCAUCAAGCAUGUCCUGUUUCCCCUCAAGUCUGAGUUUGUAAUCCUUCGAGAUGAAAAAUGGGGUGGAAACAAAACCUACACAGCUUACUUGGACCUGGAAAAGGAUUUUGCUGAUGAGGUUGUACACCCUGGAGACCUAAAGAAUUCUGUUGAAGUCGCCCUGAACAAGUUGUUGGAUCCCAUCCGGGAAAAGUUUAAUACCCCUGCACUGAAGAAGCUGUCCAGUGCUGCCUACCCAGAUCCCUCGAAGCAGAAGCCAGUUGUCAAAGGCCCUGCCAAGAAUUCAGAACCAGAGGACGUCAUCCCAUCCCGGCUGGAUAUCCGUGUGGGGAAAGUCAUUAGUGUGGACAAGCACCCAGACGCAGACAGCCUGUAUGUGGAGAAGAUUGAUGUGGGGGAAACUGAGCCACGGACUGUGGUGAGCGGCCUAGUGCAAUUUGUGCCCAAGGAGGAACUGCAGGAUAGGCUGGUGGUAGUGCUGUGCAAUCUGAAACCCCAGAAGAUGAGAGGAGUCGAGUCUCAAGGCAUGCUUCUGUGUGCUUCUAUGGAAGGGGUCAGCCGCAAGGUUGAGCCUCUGGAUCCUCCUGCAGGCUCUGCUCCUGGUGAGCGAGUGUUUGUGAAGGGCUAUGAGACGGGCCAACCAGACGAAGAGCUCAAGCCCAAGAAGAAAGUCUUUGAGAAGUUGCAGGCUGACUUUAAAAUUUCGGAGGAAUGCAUCGCACAGUGGAAGGAAACCAACUUCAUGACCAAGCUGGGGUACAUCUCCUGUCAAUCACUGAAAGGGGGGAACAUUAGCUAGCUGACCCAGCAUCUUCCUCCCUUCUCCCAUCGUCCUGAGUCAUCUGCCGUCUCCUCAAUUUGCUCCACCCAUCACCCGUUUACCCACCUCCCAGGACACUGAAGCAGGCAGUUUGGGACUUUAUUAGGUGCAGGACUCAGUAAGAGGCAGCUCAACCCCCCCCCCCCCCCCCCCGAAUCCAGGAUCAUCCCAGUCUGGCUGCAGGGGGAGGCUGACCUCCCAGGGAGUAACAAGGGCAGGGCAGCAGCAGUGAGUCUAGCUCUACCUACUUCCCAUGGCAGCUGACUUGAGAAAUCUGGUUUCAAUAUAUUUCACAGAAAAAGUUUAUGCCACAAUCCUAAUUGGAAAAAUACUGGUUCCCAGGUUUUCCUAGAGUUCUCCCAACAGCUGUGCCUCUGCCUGGGAUCUGGUGCCAGAACUGGGCUAUUUACAGCUUCUUCAUAACAGGAAAUUGUGGGAUUUGAAAAGGAAAAGGAAGGGAAAACAGAGAGCCUAGUGGUCUACCAAGUGGUUGGCAGCUUUCACCAAUGCCUGCCAACCCUGAGGCUUGGUACUGGGGACAGGCCCUGCCCCAGGGCUCUUGGAAUUUCCCUUGAUCCUGCUCGGUUGGGACAUUCCCUAGCCGUGUUGUUAACAUCAGAAGUAGGGUGGAUGGCAUGGACCUGGUUCGUUCUUCAUAGAGGGUGUGGUCCUUCUCCAUGAGGCAUCUCAAUCAGAAUCACUAACCUUCGUUGUCAUGAAUUCAAAUAAAAUGUCUGUGAAAGGG